CCCAGCUCAUGCACGCCAAAUAAAGAAGCUAGAGAUGAGCAAACCCAGCAAAAGCUUUGCUGUCAAUCGCCAUUGUUAUCUUGCCUCCGAUCAAUCGAUCGAUCGACAAGACCGCUGUGCAAUGAUCCAAUCACUACGUACGCACCUUCUUCAACCUCUCGAUCGCAUUGGUCGAUCAAAUGCUGUGUAGCUUCAAGCUCGGGAGCCUCCUCCUCCUCUGGACAUCCCUCACGCGAGCGCUGCUCUCCUUCAUCAUCUCGCAUUUCCUCUGGUGACCUGUCGAUCAAUCGUAUCCAUCCGCCAUUGAUCCGAUCAACGCAUGCAUGUGUAACUAGAAUCUCGAGAGGGAGGGAGGGCCGGGAGGGGUGCAUUUGCCAUUGAUCUUGUCAUGCAUCUUCACCAUUCUUGUGGGAUCGAUGGACUACUAUGACAUCCUCGACGUCGACCGGAGCGCCACCGACGACGACCUCCGGCGGGCCUACCGCCGCCUCGCCAUGCGGUGGCACCCCGACAAGAACCCUAACGCCAAGAUGGAGGCCGAGGCCAAGUUCAAGGACAUCACCGAAGCGUACAAUGAUCAAUGGAAUCGUCAGGUGCUCAUCGACGGCGGGAAGAGGGCGCUGUACGACCAGUACGGGGAGGAGGGGCUCAGGGCCGGUGGCGCGCCGCCGACGCACCACGGCGGCGCCGACGACACCUUCGCCGAGUUCUUCGGGAGCACGCCGUUCACGUACUGCAGCACGGGCGCCGGCAACAGCGCGCGCGCCAAGCAGCAGGCGGCAUGGGACGCCGGCGGCGGCGGCAGCUUCUUCCGUGACCCCGGUGGCGCGACGACGACGGUGGCGCCGCCGCCGCCGCCGGUGGAGAGCAAGCUGGCGUGCACCCUGGAGGAGCUCUACGUCGGCGUCACCAAGAAGAUGAAGAUCUCCCGGAACGUCGUCGACGGCAGCGGGAGGAUGAAGACGGAGUCGGAGAUACUGUCGAUCGAGGUGAAGCCGGGGUGGAAGAAGGGGACCAAGAUCACGUUCCCGGGGAAGGGCAACCAGCAGUGGAGCCAGCUCCCCGCCGACCUGGUGUUCGUCGUCGACGAGCGGCCGCACGACGUGUACCGCCGCGACGGCAACGACCUGGUGGCGGAGGCCCGGGUUACGCUCGCCGAGGCGCUGGGCGGCACGGUCGUCGUCCUCGCCACGCUCGACGGCCGCGAGCUGGCCGUGGACGUGGGACGCGGCGGCGGCGGCGGCGGCGAGGGCGACGACGGCGCCGCCACCCCCGUGGUGUAUCCCGGGUACGAGAUGGUGGUGCCGGCGGAGGGCAUGCCGAUCGCCCGCGAGCCCGGCCGCCGCGGCAGCCUGAGGAUCCGGUUCGACGUCGCGUUCCCAGAGCGGCUGACGCGCCGGCAGCGCGCGCGGAUCAAGCGCGUCCUCGAGACGUGCUAGCGCGAUGCCGCUACUAUGGCUGGAGGCGGGAAAAAAAUGCUUUUUUGCUCAACCACGCGGGUAGUGUUUGUACAUGUAUUAUACUCACAACUAACGAUCGACAUGUGUACAAGUAUAUUAUAGUUAAAAAGAUGGUUAUGAAAACGAGAAAAUGAUAUAAUCUUUGUGUUAUAUUAUAAACUAUUUUGGCUC